GUGCAGAGCGACCCAAACUGACCUGGUGGACGCAUUUAAACGCAAAAAACUCUCAAUUGUAGUGCUAUUCCGUGGCAGUUGUCGCAUUUAGUGGCGCAGAGCCUCUCAGUCUGAAAUGUGUCUUUCACUUUAUGCUGCAGAAACGUCGCUUUACACAUUGUUUAUUCCGAUAUUUCGCUUAUAAACCAGCUCGUGUUGCUGCUGGAAAGCUAUCAUAGCUAACUUAUUUCAAAAUGACUCUUCCAGCUUUGCACAGCACCGGCGUGCUGUACAGGCGGAUUUUAUCACAGUUUCCUCAGGACAUCAGUCUAGCUUUUGCCUAUGGCUCUGGCGUUUUUAAACAACACGGGACCGACCAAGGUCAAAUGGAGAAGAACAUGCUAGACUUUGUGUUCGCGGUGGACGACCCGGUGACGUGGCACACCAUGAAUCUGCUGCAGAAUCGCAAACACUACUCCAUCCUCAAGCUGCUGGGCCCCACUGCGAUCAGCUCCGUACAAAGUGAACACGGGGCCUUUGUAUACUACAACACACUGGUGCCUGUGGAUGGAAAGAUAAUCAAAUAUGGUGUGAUCAGUACAGAGUCUGUCAUAGAUGACCUGAUGCACUGGAAGACCAUUUAUGUUGCUGGACGCCUUCACAAACCAGUGAAGAUGCUGCUGCAGAAUGAGAAUGGAAAGCUCCGAGCUGCUCUGGUGGCCAACCUGAAGAGUGCUGUGACGGCCUCCUUCCUCAUGUUGCCGGAGAGCUUCACCGAGGAAGACCUCUUCCUGCAGAUAGCUGGUCUUUCUUAUGCCGGGGAUUUUCGAAUGGUGAUCGGAGAAGAUAAAUCUAAGGUGGCCAAUCUCGUCAAGGACAACAUUCAGCACUUCCGGAUUCUGUACAGCAACCUCCUGCAGGACUGCCCUCAAGUGGUCUACAAACCUCAACACGGAAAGCUGGAGGUGGACAAAAGCCCAGAGGGCCAGUUCAUCCAGCUGAUGGCGUUGCCCCGGACCCUCCAGCAGAGGAUCACAAAGCUGGUCGAUCCUCCGGGGAAAAACCGAGACGUGGAGGAGAUUCUGCUGCAGGUCGCUCAGGACCCAGACUGUGGAGCUGUCGUUCAACAAGGUAUUUCAUCUAUUGUGAAAUCCUCCAGUAUAACACAGAGUAUCAAAGGCAUUGCUACAGCAGGCUUGUGGAAGACGGUGUCGUACAGCUCAAAGAAGCUGAGGAAGAUGUGGAAGGGUUGGAGGAGGAAGCCGUCUGUCUCUCAGAUGUCCUGAUCCUGUCGGUUUACCAGGAAUCCGUCUUUCUCUAGAAACUGUCAGCCAGACAACAGACAUCCAUCCUUUGAUUUUUACCCUGACACACUGUGGCUGGACGAAUCACGCACUCCCCUCCUGGUUGAAUCACUGAGCAGGCGUAGGUCUGUGUUUGAAUAGUGUAGAACCGUCUGUACAACUGCCCUUUGUCAUGCGAUUCAUAAAAGUUGUAGAGAGAGGGUGACAUUUCACGAGCCUGACUAAAUUACGGCUGACAUUUAAUGGUACUACAGACUGGACCAUUCUGCAUAAUGACUACAGUGACUGGCUGGGGAACUGGCUAUCUCUCUAAACUGUCUGAGAAGUUCGAGGGAGGGCAGAGACUUUGUAGUGGGUUGGUGGUUUUGCCUGUCCUGGCUCUCUGUCCUUCUCUCCAGCCCCUGCUCACUCCCAGACCUGCCAGUCCUGGUCACAUGACAUCCCCUCCCACCUACACACCUGUUCCCACUUUCCUCAUCAGACCUGUAGUUUCUAGAAAACACACCGAAAAGUUUUUACUCUACUAUAUUUUUGGAGUUUUACGAUAAGUAAUUGUUCUUUGUAUAUAAGAAACAUUUCACCAACGAAGACCACGCUUCUU